CAGGGACUCACUCUCUGAAGUAUUUCUACACUGCGUCUACUGGAGUCCCAAACUUCCCAGAGUUUGUGACUGUUGGGUUGGUUGAUGAAGCUCAGAUCGAUUACUAUGACAGUAACACCAGGAGAGCAGAACCUAAACAGGACUGGAUGAGAAGAGUCACAGCAGAUGAUCCUCAGUACUGGCAGAGGGAGACUGAGGUCUCUGUGGGUACACAGCAGAACUUCAAAGCCAACAUUGAGAUUUUAAAGCCGCGCUUCAACCAAACUGGAGGUGUCCACAUUUACCAGAACAUGUAUGGCUGUGAGUGGGAUGAUGAGACUGGAGAGGUUACUGGUUAUGAUCAGUAUGGUUAUGAUGGAGAAGACUUAGUAGCAUUUGACGUGAAGGCAGAGACAUGGAUUGCUCCAAAUCAACAGGCGCUCAUCACCAAACACAAGUGGGACAAUGACAAAGCUUGGAUAGCACAGGAUAAACACUACCUCACUCAGAUUUGUCCUGAGUGGCUGAAGAAGUACGUGGACUAUGGGAGGAGCUCUCUGCUGAGAAAAGACCGUCCCUCAGUGUCUCUCCUCCAGAAGUCUCCCUCCUCUCCAGUCAGCUGCCACGCUACAGGUUUCUACCCAAACAGCGCCAUGAUGUUCUGGAGGAAAGAUGGAGAGGAGAUUGAUGAGAACGUGGACCAUGGAGAGAUCCUCCCCAACCACAACGGAUCCUUCCAGAUGAGCAGUCACCUGGACGUGUCAUCAGUCCCACCUGUAGACUGGAGGAGGUACGAGUGUGUGUUUCAGCUCUCUGGUGUGAAGGAGGACAUCGUCACCACACUGGACAAAGCAGUGAUCAGGACCAACAGAGAAAAGCCCAGUGACAUGACCGUUCCCAUCAUUGCUGCAGUUGUUGUUCUUGCUCUUGUACUCAUCGCUGUCAUUGGAUUUGUGUUGUACAAAACAAAGAAAGCUGAGUCCCCUCAACACAAGUCAAAAAUUUCUUCUUCAAGUGUCUCUUCUACAGAAAAUAGAAACAGCGACACACCAUUAAUCAAAGACAUGAAGACUUCCUCUGACACUUCUCCUACAGGGUCUUGGAUCAGCCAAUCAGAGUCAGAGACUUCUUCAAGUCAUUCUUCUACAGAAAGUAUAAGCAGCAACUCACCAUUAAUCAAAGAUUAGAGUGACAGUGUGAAGAGGAGGAUGAACUGUUGUCCAGAUACAAACAAAUGUGCCACCUCAUCACCAAAAUGGUUUGCAGAAUACUCAUACUUAUAUGGUCAAAAAGUCACAGAGCAUUGAGGCUUUAAAGCUGCAUUAAUCAGUAUUUGUUUAUAAGAUAAGAUGCCUUUAUUGUCACUAUAUACAAUAAAGGCAUCUUAUCUAUACACAAAUACUGAAUAAUGAAUAAUCAUUAAAGGGAUAGUGCACCCAAAAAUGAAAAUUCAGCCAUUUUCUACUCACCCAUAUGCCGAUGGAGGCUCAGGUGAAGUUUUAGAGUCCUCACAACACUUGCAGAGAUCCCAGGGGAGAGGAGGUAGCAACAAAACUCCACCUAAUGCAGGCUUAUGGCACCCCAGAUUCAAAUGUCCCAAAUCACAUAAUUGAAACCACAAAAUAUCUCCAUACUGCUCGUCCGUAGUGAUCCAAGUGUCCUGAAGCCCCGACAUAAAAAGUUGUUUGGAAAAAUGUAAUUUAAACUCUGUUUUUAGCCUCACUGUAGCCUGCAGCUCUAACUGCCUCUCUGUGGACUGCGCUCACGUGUAUGUGCGCUUGCGCGAGACCGCGAGACAUGGGCACUGUGUUCAUGUGUGUUCAAGUGCUUUCGCUUGCGCGCGAGACCAGCGAAAGCGCAAACUACAAUUAUUGCCAGCACUGGUUUAUGGAUGAAUUCUGCACUGGGACAAGGAGCCGUGCUGCCACAUUCAAAAUACACAAAGUUAUAGUUUCAGUUUAGAAAGUGACAUUUCUAAUAAAAUAUUUGCUAAAACAUUGGUAAAACAAACAAGGACAAUUAUUUUUGGAAAGAAGUAAAACAUGAUAUUCAAAACAAUGAAAGGAUCGCAGCACUCAUACAUACAUACAUCUUCAAGAAAAAACAACAACACAGUUACAGUUUGAUGCUUCUGCUGUUGGGGAUUUCUGGUUAUGGUUAAAUCAAUAUUGUUAAUGCAAAUGUAUACAAAUUAUAUGUACUCAUGUAGGGUCUUGUGAUAUGAUGAUAAAAGAUAUUUUUCAACCAGUUAAGAUUUCUCUUUACUAUUUAUACUGAGCAAGUCAUUAUUUGGCUCUCUGGUUGUAUUAGAUCACUGAAGGCAAUACUGCAAAUUGAUCAGCAACAGUAGAAACAUGCUACAUAAACACUCUAAAUUCCCCUUAGGUGUCAGUGUGAAAGAUCAUCUAUCUGUGUUACUGCUGCUGAUAAACUAUACUCCACCUCUCGCCCAUUGUACACUGGAAUUGACUUCAGUCCCCCACAACUCUGAACAGGAUGAACCAGAUAGGAAAUGGAUAGUUGGAGUUUUGCAUCACUGUGGUGAAUCAUAUAUAUCACAACAUGAAAUUACACAAACAGUAAUAGAUUUAAUCAGUGUUGUCCACCCUUAUGGACACACUUACACAAAUUAUAAUCAUCAAUACCACAAUUAUUUUUCAGUUGUGUAAAUAGUUUGUAUAUUUCUUUAAAAGUGCUAAGAUUUAAAGAUUUUGUUUUGAUUUCACUUAAGCAGAAACAAAUUUGAGGUUCUUAAUUAAUCUGGAGUGUGUUGUUUGUUUGUUUCAUUAUAUCUAUCUUUUGAUGUGUUUUAAGCUUCUCAACACACUGAUAGAAAUGUUCUUGAAAAUAUUUGAUACUACUUUUUGGGGACAAGGGAUGUUUUCUCUCAAUACAAUACUAAGAAUUGUUAACAUACAGAAAUUAAACAGUGAAACUGAAAAUUACUUCUUGUGUUGGUGAAGAAGAUGGAUGUUAGAUUAAGUUUCCCUGCUAAUGUAUUUCUUUUGAGAAUUUGUUUUGCUUUUCAAUAAAGUCUCAAAUAUUCCAAA